AUUCACCAACAUAAAAACCUACAAGCUUAAACAAAGAUUCAAAGCUUUAUCAGAAAAACAUGGGAACCUUCUUAGGAUACUUCGUGCCCGGUCUCUCACUUGCAAUUCUCGGUCUCUGGCAUAUAAUCAAUACCAUACAAUCUUACUCUCUGAAUUUCCCAAACCCAAAUUUCACCUCAAGAUUCUGGUUCCCUUUCCCUUAUUAUAAUAAAAAACUUAGACAUCUUGAGCUCAUCUUUAUUAUGAUCGUUUCCUUCUUAUCCAUUUACCUAUUAAACCCAUAUUUCCCUUCCUUUAAAUUAUCCUCCUUCAAACCAAAAAUCAACCACGUCUUAAUGUUCUUCCAACUCGUUAUGUUUGCAUUUUCCACUCUCAUCUUUGACUUUUUGAAUCCUUCUGAUGAAGAUUCUGGUUUUAUUGGGGUUCAUGCAACCUUGGUUUUCAUGCAAGAAGUACUCUUCCUUCUUGAUUCUCACUCCACUGAUCACUUAGUUCUUGAAAGCCAGUACUAUUUCCUCCUUGAACUCGCUGCCUUUGUCUCCUUCUUUUCGGCUCUUGUGUCGACACUUUACCCUAAAUCUUUUUAUGCGUCUAUUGUAUUCUCGGUUUCGGUCAUGUUUCAAGGAUGUUGGUUCUUGAACAUGGGGAUGGAGUUCAUGCUUUUGGUUCCAAAUCAUGUCCAUAGAGGUUGCGUGACCUAUACAUCAAGUAACAAUAGUAUUGGUCUUGAUCACAGUGCGCUUGUUUAUGAGUCUCCUUGUACAGAAAUUAUGGCACAAGCGUUAGCAAAUUUGGAGUUUAGCUGGAUUUUGUCAGCAAUAUUGAUCUUUACAUGUGUAUUGUGUCUCAAAAUUUCCGGAGAAAGCCGCCGUGUUGCCCAAUUGCCAGUCGUCAUCGUUAGAGUAUGAACGUAGUUUUCGACAAGGAGGUGAUCGUUCUACUGUCUUGGAACGGUGGAAGCCUCGCCGAUUCCUUCAUCAGCAUUAAUCUAUUUGGCCUCGUUUACAUCUUAAUAUGAUAAUCUAGAUAAUAUACUAUUUUGUUAGCUGUAUGUAAACUUUUACUAUUUGAUGUUUCCAUCUUGAUUUUAUUUUUUUUGUCAAACAUGUAUCCAUCUUGAUUAUGACAAGCUUUUUUAUGUAUUGUAUGUAGCAACGAAGUAUACAAUGGUAUAAAGCGAGCCUUCCUUGUAUACAAAGGUUAUACUGUUUUUCCA